AUGGAACAUUUAAAUCAAUUAUUGAUUUCGAAAUUGAUCCGUGAUGCUUGGGUUAAGAUGCAAAUAUUAGCGAUAAACUCGUCUACUAAUGACAAAACAUUCGACGAAAAAGGCAAUGUUUCGAUUCGACAGCUGUUGGAUGUAAAAAUCAAAUAUCUGGAAAUGCUAGGUCGUUGUAUGUUGGGCUAUAGUGAUGGAUCUAUGUUAAGUUCCAGUGAGCAGCUUGAACGGUCCGGAUCAGAGAGUUCAUCUGCAGUUUUUGAUACAAGGCGCCACACCUUUUAUGCCAUUGAAAGACGAAUUCUUUCCCGGCAAUUGGAGAAUUUGAAAAGGCUCCUUGAUUUGACCCAUCAUGAUUAUAUUGAAGAGCGCACUUUUGAGAUAUCGAAGAAUGUCUUCGUGAAAAAGUGGGAAUUGUCACGAAUGGAACAGCUGUCCCUAGUACUAUCCAACCGUUACGAAGAUCUCCGAAAAGCGUAUGGCGAAACGGACUCAAAAAACAGAAACAAUAUCCAAGCCUGUAAAUUGAUUGACGUGUUUUACACACGUCAAUUGGAUAAAAUUUCGGAUGAUAUUGAAGAAUGGAUGAAACGAUUCGAUUUAGAAAAAGAUGAUUUGGAUGGACGAUUGCAACGAGCCAGAGUACUCAAACGACACUGGGAAGAGUUGCUGGCGAAAUUCGAAUGGCAACGCGAGGAAAUAAUUCGCCUAGAAAAUUUAGAACGACAACACCAGGAACGGAUCACGUGCAAAGAAGCUGCUACUAGAAUUCAGGUUUGGUGGCGUGCGGUAAUGGCACGCCUUGGUAUACAACCGAAGAGGAAGCGAAGAUCCAGGAAAAAGCCUAAACGCAAAGGCAAGAAGGCUACACUAUCUCAGCGAUAGAGAUGGUCGGGUAUAGAAAUUCUUAUACCCGUACCCGACCCGUACCCGAGUGAUCAGCAAAAAAAUUUACCCGCACGCGACCCGAACCCGAUUAAAAAUUUAAAAAAUUACCCGUACCCGAUCAAUAAUAAAAAUAAAUUACCCGUACCCGAUAAAAAAUAAAAAAUUUUACCCGUACCCGAUUAAAAAUUACCUGUACCCGUA